AUGUUCCAGCCGGCGCCCAAGCGCUGCUUCACCAUCGAGUCGCUGGUGGCCAAGGACAGUCCCCUGCCCGCCUCGCGCUCCGAGGACCCCAUCCGCCCCGCGGCGCUCAGCUACGCCAACUCCAGCCCCAUCAACCCGUUCCUCAACGGCUUCCACUCGGCCGCCGCCGCCGCCGCCGCCGGCAGGGGCGUGUACUCCAACCCGGACUUGGUGUUCGCCGAGGCGGUCUCGCACCCGCCCAACCCCGCCGUGCCGGUGCACCCGGUGCCGCCGCCGCACGCCCUGGCCGCCCACCCCUUGCCCUCCUCGCACUCGCCACACCCCCUCUUCGCCUCGCAGCAGCGGGACCCGUCCACCUUCUACCCUUGGCUCAUCCAUCGCUACCGGUAUCUGGGCCACCGCUUCCAAGGGAACGACACAAGUCCCGAGAGCUUCCUUUUGCACAACGCUCUGGCCCGAAAGCCGAAGCGGAUCCGAACGGCUUUUUCCCCAUCCCAGCUUCUGAGGCUGGAACACGCCUUCGAGAAGAACCACUACGUGGUGGGCGCCGAGCGGAAGCAGCUGGCGCACAGUCUCAGCCUCACAGAAACUCAGGUAAAAGUAUGGUUUCAGAACCGAAGGACAAAGUUCAAAAGACAGAAGCUGGAGGAAGAAGGCUCCGACUCGCAACAGAAGAAAAAAGGGACGCACCAUAUUAACCGGUGGAGAAUCGCCACCAAACAGGCUAGUCCCGAGGAAAUAGAUGUGACCUCAGAUGAUUAA